GUUCCAUCGGUCCAUCCACCUUCGACUGUCUGUACUCACUAGAUCCUCACAAUGGCGACCAACCGCCAAUCCUCCGAGCUUUCGACCUUUGAGCGUCCGUCGUUCGUCCACUCCAACACCGAGGACCACACCCAGAAGCCUCUCGCCGAUGGCAAGAUCCUCGAAGAGGGUGGCGAGCAUGUCCCCGUCCUCGACAAGACUGAGACUAGCUCUUUGAACUCGGCCAACACCGAGACCCCUUCUGGUGUUUUGCAGAUGGAGGCUUUGUAUCUCGUCUUUGGCAAGGGCUACAAGCUUUGGCUUCUCUUUGGGUAAGGUCUACGCCCCACCACGCGAGACCUCCUUGUCUGACUUGCCCAUAGCUCCAUCGCCGUCGUUGCGUUCGUCUACGCCCUCCAACAAUCCACCACCUCCACUUUCCUCCAGUUUGCCACCUCCUCAUUCGCCUCGCACUCUACUAUCGGAACAAUCGCUGUCGUCACUUCGAUCAUGAGCGCCGUCGCCCGACCUUUCGAGGCUAGGCUGGCGGAUCUCGCUUCGCGUCCAACGGCCAUGACAUUCGGUAUCAUCACUUAUUGCGCUGGGUAUAUCGCUGUCGCUGCUUCGAACAGUGUAACGGAUGUCGCAGCCGGUGAAGUCUUGUACACCAUGGGUAACACUGGUAUCCAAGCUAUCAUGGCCAUCAUCAUUGCCGACUGUACCUCUCUCCAGAACCGUGGUCUCGCCAGCGGCCUCUACUCGUCUCCUUAUGUCGUCACUGCUUGGAUCAGUGGUGAAAUUGCUUCAGGCAUCAACGCCUUUUCAGACAAUGGUUGGCGAUGGGGUUUCGGCAUGUUCAUCAUCAUGGUUCCCGUGCUCAUCUCCCCUCUGAUCAUCAUCCUCUACUGGGCUGGCUACAAGGCCAAGAAGAUCGGUGCUCUCUCCCUCGCUUCUUCUUCUUACGCUCGCCGACAAGCUUUGGGUAUCGAGGAAGAGCAGAGGACGUUCACCCAGAACAUUGUGCAUUACUGGAGACAGAUGGACGCCUUCGGUCUCCUUUUGAUGGCCUUCUCAUGGGCUUUGAUGCUUUUGCCAUUCACCCUCUACAAGACUGCCGACAAGGGCUUCAAAAACCCCUCGCUCAUUGCCAUGUUCAUCGUUGGUGGUCUUCUCCAGAUCUCAUUCAUCCUCUGGGAGUGGAAGUUUGCCUCCCACCCUCUCAUGCCCAAGCGAGUCCUCAACAGAUCCCUUAUCUGCUCUUGCAUCAUCGACUUUAGCUACUACCUCUCUGGCUAUAUCCACAGUACCUACUACUCUUCUUGGAUUUACGUCAUUGUCGAUUGGUCUGCCCGUGAUUACCAGUACUGGUCCAAUAUUAUCACUGUUGGCUUGUGCUUCUUUGGUGUCUGUGCUGGUUUGAUCCAGAAGUAUACUCAUCGAUACAAGUACCUUCAGAUUUUCGGUCUUUGCACCCGACUUGUCGGCCAAUCUCUCGUCUACGCUUCCACCCGAGGCCACACUGGCGACGCGAUGCUCAUCAUGGGUCCCGUCCUCAUCUCUAUGGGUGGUGCCUGCUCCGUCGUUGGCUCCCAAGUUGCCACCCAGGCCUCCGUCCCCCACGCAGACCUCGCCGUCGCCAUGGCCCUCCUCGCCCUCUGGACCCGUAUCGGGGGUGCCAUCGGUUCCGCCAUUGCCGCCGCCAUCUGGGCCAACCAGCUCCCCAAACACCUCAGCGCCAACCUCGGCCAGUACAUGAACUCUACCCAGCUCAACGCCAUCUAUGGCUCCAUCACCAAAGCCCGCGCUGUCACCGAGCACCGAGACCUGCUGAGGAAGGCGUACCUCGAUUCGGCGUGGUAUCUGGAGGUGCCUGCUGUGGUGUUGUGUGUUUUGCCCAUUGUUGCGGGACUUUGCACGAGCAACUUCUUCCUCGGCGACACGCACAAUGCGAUUGAGGAGAAGAAGGUUGUGCUGAGGUCUUUGGAGGAGACGGAUGAGCAGGUGGUGAGGGAGAAGGUCAAGGAGACGCAAGAGAGGAUCAAGAUGGAGGCGGGGAGAAUCUAGAUGGGGUUGAGUGAUCUUUAGAGUGGCUGGUGCUUUUUUGGUAUCUCCGAGUUCAAUAAUUAAUCAUGUG